AAGGACCCUCGAUCUGCGAACGGAACAGUAGGAAGUUUCUGCUGGGGCACGGUGCUGAAGCUUGGAAUUACACAACAUCAGAAAUUGCAUGUUCGGCCGCUAAAGAUAGAACCCCUUUUACCCCAAAGAGUCUACAUGUCUGAUUACUAGACAUGUUCAGCUUUGUGGAUACUCGGACUUUGCUGUUACUUGCAGCAACGUUAGUAGUGGGAAGAUGUCAAGCCGAAGAUGAUGGUGAUACGGGGGGCUGCAUGAAGGAUGGACAAACAUACCAAAAUAACGAUAUCUGGAAACCCGACCGUUGCCUGAUCUGCGUCUGCGACAGUGGCCAGGUCCUGUGCGAUGAAAUAAUCUGCGAUGAAAAGACCGACUGCCCUAAUGCUGAACUCCCCGACGGAGAGUGCUGCCCUGUCUGCCCCGAUCAAGAACCAGAUGAAGGUGUAAUACAUCCUUCUGGCCCAAGGGUUCAGGGACCUCCUGGCCCCAAGGGAGAGCCUGGUCCUAAGGGUGAUAGAGGACUUCCAGGAUUACCAGGAAGAGAUGGAGUUCCUGGAACUCCCGGCAGAGACGGUCCUCCUGGUCCACCUGGCCCACCUGGAACGUCUGGCCUUGGCGGAAACUUCCUCCCCCAAUAUGAUGGCUUCAGUGAGAAAACAUCUGGUGGUAUUCCAAUGCCUGGACCUAUGGGUCCAAUGGGUCCCAGAGGAGCUCCUGGCCCCCCUGGUGCACCUGGCCCUCAAGGUUUCCAAGGUCACCAAGGCGAGCCUGGUGAACCAGGUGCACCUGGUCCCAUGGGUCCACGUGGUCCUCCUGGCCCCCCUGGCAAGAAUGGUGAUGAUGGUGAACAUGGCAAAGCUGGUCGCCCCGGUGAACGUGGUCCUCCUGGUCCUCAGGGUGCUCGUGGUUUCCCUGGAACUCCUGGACUUCCAGGAAUCAAAGGACACAGAGGUUUCAAUGGCUUGGAUGGUGCUAAGGGUGACUCUGGUCCAGCUGGCCCUAAGGGUGAAACUGGUGCUCCUGGUGAAAAUGGAACUCCUGGUCCAAUGGGCCCACGUGGUGCGAAUGGAGAGCGAGGUCGCCCUGGCCCUCCUGGCCCUGCUGGUGCUCGUGGUAACGAUGGUGCUGCUGGUGCUGCUGGCCCACCUGGUUCUGUUGGUCCCGCUGGUCCUCCUGGCUUCCCUGGUGCUCCUGGAGCUAAGGGUGAAGUUGGUCCUGCUGGUGGCCGUGGUGCUGAUGGUCCUUCUGGUGCUCGUGGUGAACCUGGUAGUCCUGGACCUGCUGGCCCAGCUGGCCCCGCUGGCAACCCUGGAACUGAUGGCGCUCCUGGUCCCAAAGGUGCAGUUGGUGCCCCUGGCAUUGCUGGUGCUCCUGGUUUCCCCGGCCCAAGAGGACCAAGUGGCCCACAAGGUGCAGUUGGACCUACUGGCCCUAAGGGUAACAACGGUGAAGUUGGUGCCCCUGGUUCCAAGGGUGAAUCAGGUGCAAAAGGUGAACCUGGCAUUGCUGGUCCCCAAGGUCCACCUGGUCCAGCUGGAGAGGAGGGCAAAAGAGGUGCUCGUGGUGAGCCUGGUGCUCAGGGUGCUCCUGGUAGCCCUGGUGAACGUGGAGCUCCUGGAAAUCGUGGUUUCCCUGGUUCUGAGGGUCUUGUUGGACCCAAGGGCCCUCCCGGUGAACGUGGCAACACUGGCCCUGCUGGGCCCAAAGGUGCCCCUGGUGAAGCUGGAAGACCUGGUGAGCCUGGUCUGCCUGGUACAAGGGGUCUGACUGGUAGCCCUGGCAGUCCUGGUGCUGAUGGCAAGCCUGGUCCUCCCGGUCCAGCUGGUCAAGAUGGUCGCGCUGGUCCACCUGGUCCUUCUGGUCCAAGAGGUCAACCUGGUGUGAUGGGUUUCCCUGGUCCCAAGGGUGCUGCUGGUGAACCAGGCAAAACCGGUGAGAGGGGAAUCGUUGGUCCUGCUGGUUUAAUGGGUCUUCCUGGCAAAGAUGGUGAAGUUGGUGCUCCUGGCCCUGCUGGUCCUGCUGGCCCCAGUGGUGAAAGAGGUGAACAAGGACCCCCAGGACCUCCUGGCUUCCAGGGUCUCCCUGGUCCUCCUGGUGCUGCUGGUGAACCUGGAAAAGCUGGUGAACAGGGCUUGCCUGGUGAUGUUGGUCCUCCUGGCCUUACUGGUCCAAGAGGUGAGAGAGGCUUCACUGGUGAACGUGGUGCUCCUGGUCCUGCAGGUCCAACAGGUGUUCGUGGUGCUCCUGGCUCUCCCGGCAGUGAUGGUCCCAAGGGUGAUACUGGUCCACAAGGUGCUCCUGGUGGCCAAGGUUCACCUGGUCUGCAGGGUAUGCCUGGUGAACGUGGUGCUAGUGGACUUCCUGGUGCCAAAGGUGCAAGGGGUGAUGCAGGUCCAAAGGGAGCUGAUGGUCCUCCAGGUAAAGACGGAAUGAGAGGUAUGUCUGGAGCAAUUGGACCACCUGGACAUGUUGGUGCCCCUGGCGAGAAGGGUGAAGCUGGUCCUCCUGGCCCUGCUGGUCCUGCUGGUCCCCGUGGUCAGGCCGGUGAACGUGGUGAACCCGGUCCUCCUGGCCCUGCUGGCUUUGCUGGUCCUCCUGGUGCUGAUGGUCAACCUGGUGCUAAAGGUGAAGCUGGUGACACUGGUGCAAAGGGUGAUCCUGGUCCUCCAGGUCCUUCUGGUGCAGUUGGCGUUGCUGGGCCACCUGGUCCUACUGGGCCUGCUGGGCCUAAAGGUGCUCGCGGUGCUCCAGGUCCACCUGGUGCUACUGGCUUCCCUGGUGCUGCUGGCAGAGUUGGUCCACCUGGUCCUAGUGGAAAUUCUGGCCCUCCUGGUCCACCUGGCCCUCCUGGAAAAGAAGGUCCUAAAGGUCUGCGAGGUGAGACUGGUCCUGCUGGUCGUCCUGGUGAGCCUGGUGCUGCUGGUCCUCCUGGCCCUGCUGGCGAGAAGGGUUCUCCUGGUGCUGAUGGUCCUUCUGGAGCAGCUGGUCCCCCCGGACCUCAGGGUAUUGCCGGUGUCCGUGGUAUUGUUGGCACUAUAGGACCCAGAGGUGAACGCGGUCCCAUGGGUCUCCAAGGUCAAAGUGGUGAACCUGGCAAACAAGGUCCAGUUGGUGCACCUGGUGAGCGUGGUCCUCCUGGCCCAGUGGGUCCACCUGGUUUAGCUGGCCCACCUGGUGAAUCUGGACGUGAGGGUGCUCCUGGAGCUGAAGGUGCCCCAGGCCGUGAUGGUGCACCUGGUCCCAAGGGUGAUCGUGGUGAAGCUGGUAUAGCUGGUGCUCCUGGUGCUCCCGGUGCUCCUGGUGCUCCUGGCCCAGUUGGUCCUGCUGGGAAGCAUGGCGAUCGUGGUGAACCUGGUCCUGCUGGCCCUGCUGGUCCUGCUGGUCCAAUGGGUCCUCGUGGUCCAGUUGGUGCAGUUGGCCCACGUGGUGACAGAGGUGAAACUGGUGAGGCUGGUGCAAGAGGUAUUAAGGGCCACAGAGGUUUCCCAGGUAUUCAAGGUCUGCCUGGUCCUCCUGGUCCUCCUGGUGAACAAGGUCCUGCUGGCCCCUCCGGUGCUGCUGGUCCACGUGGUCCUGCUGGUCCACCUGGUUCUCCUGGUAAAGAUGGUGCUAGUGGUUUGCCUGGUCCAAUUGGUCCACCUGGUCCUCGUGGUCGUACUGGUGAAGUUGGCCCUGUUGGCCCACCUGGACCUCCUGGUACUCCUGGCCCCCCUGGUCCAGCUCAUGGAGGAUUUGACUUCCAGUACCUGGCACCAUCACCAGAGAAAGGUGCAGAUCCUCUCCGUUACUUCAGGGCAGAUGAUGCUGGUGCUGUUGCAGACCGUGAUAUCCAAGUUGACACCACUCUGAAAUCCCUCACCCAGCAAAUUGAGAGCAUCCGCAGCCCAGAGGGUACUAGAAAGAACCCAGCCCGUACUUGCCGUGACCUGAAGAUGUGCCACCCAGACUGGAAGAGCGAUGAUUACUGGAUUGAUCCAAACCAAGGCUGCUCUCUGGAUGCCAUCCGCGUAUUCUGUAACAUGGAAACUGGUGAGACAUGUGUCUAUCCAAGCCCACGGUCCAUCCCACAAAAGAACUGGUACACAACCAAGAAUCCAAAAGAGAAGAAGCACGUCUGGUUUGGCGAGAACAUGGAGGGUGGCUUCCAGUUUGGCUAUGGUGGUGAUGAUGGUGUUCUCGCCAGCGAUGUUGCAAUCCAGAUUACCUUCCUGCGCUUAAUGUCAUCUGAGGCAACACAGAACAUCACGUACCACUGUAAGAACAGCAUUGCCUACAUGGAUGAGGAAACUGGUAAUCUGAAGAAGGCCGUAUUCCUCCAAGGAUCCAAUGAAAAUGAAAUCAGAGCAGAAGGCGACAGUCGAUUGGUGUACAGUGUUACUGAGGAUGGUUGCACGAGACAUACUGGCAAAUGGGGCAGAACAGUCUUCGAAUACAAAUCAAUGAGAACAACACGACUGCCGAUUAUUGACAUUGCACCUAUGGACGUUGGUGGCACUGAUCAAGAAUUUGGUGUUGACAUUGGCCCAGUCUGCUUCUUGUAAAACGGACUUGAAAUUUACUUGCAGUCAUCUCUAAACUUUCUAUGCAUUGAAUUCUAAUUCAUUCGACAGCCACGGUCCACUUGCUUAAACUUCGGGCCUGAAGACGGGUGGGGCAACUACAAGGACACUUUUAAGUUCUGUUUCUAUGGCAACAGGAAAAAAGUACUUGUCAGGUGUAAACUUCCCCUUGGAGUUCAGAGAUCACUGCAGGUGACAUUUUGCCAUAUACCACUGCAGAGAAAAACUGAAAGAUUGUAUGUACCAUUUUCAGGUGGCAAAAUAAAUUUGAAAAAAUGUCAAAA